AUUCAGGAAGGCAGGAAGUGUAAACUUGUCACUUCUGCGAUCAAAACUUUCAGACAUAAACAGCAGACGUGCAGUCGGAAAUAUAGACAUUCUUACUUUUCGUGGCCACUUGCUAGCGAACAGCCUCCAGCGAUGGACAAGCUCCGUCGUGUGUUAAGCGGCCAGGAGGAGAACGAAGAGCUGGGUCUCACGGACCAGGUCCUUGAUGCCAGCACACUCAGCUACAGCGCCCGGGUGAAAUGGUUUGUCAUCUGCUUUGCUGGAGGCAUCCUGUGUUCAAUACUCGGUUCAGCACUGCUGUUCCUUCCGAAUGGAAUCAAGCUUUUCGCCGUCUUCUACACUAUAGGGAACGUUGCAGCUCUUUCCAGCACCUGCUUCCUAAUGGGACCACUAAAACAGCUGAAGCGCAUGUUUGAACCAAAAAGACUGAUAGCCACCAUCGUCAUGCUGCUCUGCCUGGUCUUGACUCUUUGUGCAGUGUUUUGGUGGCAUAAAAAGGGGCUUGCUAUCAUCUUCUGUAUUUUGCAGUUUCUGGCAAUGACAUGGUAUAGCAUCUCUUACAUUCCAUUUGCCAGGGAUGCUGUGAUGAAAUGCUUCACAACCUGUCUGAGUUAGGACUCCUUCGUCCUCAGUCAGUGAAGACUGGUCCUAAUAUGCAAACUGUAAGAACAGUCGCUCUGUAAAAUAUGCAUCUGUGUUUAUACACUAUCUCCAGAUUUCUACUAUGGCUUGUUUCAUACUGUGAAUCCUCACUUUUUAAGUCCAGCUGAAGGGCUAUAACUAUAAUCAGAUUAUAACAUAUUUUGCUUUUGCUAUUGAUGUGGAAGAGAUGAGUGCAUCUAAUGCUUAAUAUAUUUAGAGAUAUUCCUUUGUGUUUUUGAGGAUUUUAAAACUAUUUCAGUGCAGGGAAUUAAUUUUGACUGAGUGCCUUCACAUUAUUCAUUCAUAAAUAUAUAUAUAUAUAUGUAUAUAUGUAUACAGUGUUUGGUAUAUUCCUAUGUAUGCAGUAAUGUUCUGUGUUCUCACACACAAGCAUUAUUAAAACACAUUAUUUCUGUUUACGGAACUGUGUGAGGCUCUCAGAUGCUACUCCAUGUUUAUAUAUGAUUAUUUUCAUUCAUUGAUAAUGCACUGGAAAUGUUGAUGUCCACCCAUUUGAAGUUUUUUUCCCAGUUCAAGAGAAAUAAUUAAAAAAAGCCGCUCCUGUCUAA